AGCAAGUCCGCCGCUUUUGCUUUCCCAGCAAAAGCUCGUAGCAAUCGAAAAUCGGACCACGCCCGCCGAGCAUGGCGGGCACCGACGCCGAGCGCGACCUUCUUGCCGAGGUCGCGCGCCUCGGCGAGCUCGCGCGGGAGAUCCAGGACUCUGCUUCCUCGCUAAUCUCUAAGACCUGGAACGAGGAACAGACCCUCCGCCAGCGAGCCAUCGCCCUUGAUUCGGACCUCCGCAAACUGGAAACCGCUGCUCGGAAAGCCGCCCUUGAUCCUUCGAUAUCGGAUAAGUUGAAUGAAGGUUUGUGUAGGAUCAGAUGCCUCCUCAGUGAUGGCGAUGUGGCGCCACUCCUCCCCAGCAAGAACAAUGGUCGCUUCUUGAAGAUGUUUCUUGGCCCUAUAAAUGUUCGGGCAACAAGGAAGGAGGUUCAACUCAAAGUGAAGGAGGAGUAUAACAGUUACAGGGAUAGAACAGCAGUCCUGUUUCUUCUCUUUCCAUCAACUCUAUUAAUUCUAAGGUCUUGGAUCUGGAACGGAUGCCUGCCAGCAUUGCCUGUUCAGUUAUACCAGGCUUGGUUAUUAUUUCUUUACACAAGUUUGGCUUUGAGAGAAAACAUAUUGAGAGUCAAUGGAAGUGAUAUCCGUCCUUGGUGGAUAUAUCAUCACUACUGUGCUAUUGUGAUGGCCCUUGUAAGUCUGACAUGGGAGAUUAAAGGACAACCAGAUUGUGCCAAUAAGCAGAGAGGAGUACAGUUAUUUUUAGUGUGGGCCAUCAUGCAAGGUGUUGCUAUGCUUUUACAAAAUAGAUAUCAAAGACAAAGAUUGUAUACUCGCAUCGCACUGGGAAAGGCAAAGAGAAUGGAUGUGGUGUGGGGAGAGACUGCUGGUGUUGAAGGGCAAUUAUGGCUGUUAUGUCCCAUCUUAUUUAUUUUGCAGGGUUUUGAAGCUUAUGUUGGGAUGUUACUGCUUCAAACUGCAUUAAUUGGUGUAGUGUCUGCAUGGCAGGUCAUUGUUUGUGGAAUCUUGCUGGUUGUGAUGGCUGUUGGUAACUUCAUAAACACAGUGCAGACAUUGAUGGCAAAGUCAAAGUUUAAGGCAAAGAUGAAGAGGAGCAAAAGCAAGCAGGAUAUGGAUCAGUUUUUGUCAACUGAUUCAAGAUAGUUUGAUCCAAGUAAUCAUAUCAUCCUAAUCCUAAUCACUGUUUUUGUAAAGCAUUAUUUUCCUGCUGGUUUUUUGCUUGCCAAUCUAGCAAAAGACAUGUAUGAUAGUGAUAAUAAUGUUCAUGGUUUUUGCGAGUUAUGAAUAAGUUUCGAGCAAGUUUCGAGCUUGUGAUGAUUCCAACUUGA